CUGGAAAUCAAUCGUGCAAUCGAUGUCCUCUACAACUAAUAUGGACCGAUUUGGGGUUGCGAUAAGCAGCCUCCUGAGCUCGGAGUUUCCCCUCAGCUCGGUUAAUUCCAAGUCGUAGACAUCGUAUCGGAGAUAGCUCGCCAUUGCAGCAAUCAAGCUAGAUUUACCGGUUCCAGGAGGACCAUACAAUAAGUACCCUCUUUUCCACGCCUUUCCCACUUUCUUGUAAUAGUCCUUCCUUCUAGCAAACCGCUGGAGGUCGUUGAGGAUCGUGUUCUUCAGCUCUGUAUUCAUAGCCAGAGUGUCGAAUGUCGCGGGAUGAUCCAAAUUCACGCCGGCCCAGGUAUCGGAAUUGUUGCCGUACAGAUUCUGGAGAGUGAAAAGCUUGGGGGUCUUGCUCUUUUCCUUGAUUGAUUUCGCCUCGGUCACGAUGUGGGGGAAGUAAGAUUGAAGAGCCAUUUCUUUGUGCUGCUUGUGGAAGCUGACCUCGAAAGACCGGACCUCCGAGGGAAAUGCGGAUCCCAUCGGACCGCGAUUUCCUUGAGAAAAUGGCGACUGCAUCCGCCUCGAGAUCAAGACCCAUUUGAAUUUCACUCCGCGAAACUCAUCGCAGACCUCUUCGCGGCUCUCCACCCGGACAUGGAUCUGGGUUUCGUUGUCGGGCUUGCUGACGUUGAGCCUCUGCGUCGAUGAGCUGACCUUGCGGGCCAGAUAAGUCUGGGCGGCGUCGUAGAUUUGGUUGGAGACCAGACCAUCGGAUUCGUCGACCACCAUGGUGAGCUGGGACGAGAAGUGGCUGAGGAAUUUGCGGAUUCUGAAAACCAGAGCGUCCUGAAGUUCCCGGGGAAUGAAAUCCUGUGCUAGAGAUCGAGCGAGCAUGACGGUGGCAGCCAUGGAGGCUGCAGUGGACAGGAUUGCCUUGGUGUUUCUGAUGUUGGAUACGGCUGGUGACGAUGCUGAUGAAGUCGAGGCAGCCAUGGUUUUUGGGAGAAAUGAAACAGAGUGCUCUGUUUUCCGUUGGAGGGGAUAGAAUGAGGUUUGUUGGUAGGAAUGGGAGGCAGAGGCCCGUCGAUUUAUACUCUUACUUGGGAGUUUGGAGUAUGGGAUGUGGAGACGAAUACUUAGACACGGCAACCCUUGUGAGUAAUUUGGAGUCUUGACUUUGAAAUGGAAAGGUAAGCGACAGCCAUGGAAGCAGGAACUGUCGCCCGGCAAUUGCCGUGGGCGCCAAGUCUAGACGAGCACGAGGUCCUGUUCGUUAUUGUCAAUCUAACUGGCUGGGGAUUGGCCAUCUAUGGAGGUUGCAAGUUCUUUACAGGCGGCAAGAAAGACAAGAACGAUGAGAAGGUUGGAGAACCAGCACUGAUGUGGAGAACCAGCACUCCUGUUCGUUAUCGUACGAACGGACGAAAGAACGGUUAUCAUUCCCUAAAGUUUCCUGUUUUUGUUCUGCACUUGAGUUUUCAGGGGAGGUUUAAAGUUGCAUGUGACUCUGGAACUGCAUGAUAGAACUCAUUGCUAGUUCUUUCACUUUCGACCGUGUAAUGGAUUUUGAAGCAUUCCUUAAUCUC